AUGGCCGUGCUGCCGACGGGGCUGAAUCCGAUUCCGGUAAAUGCCACGCCCCUCGACAUCGCAGAUGUCUUCCGGGAAAAGGCGGACUGGAGCGAGCUGGGCGCCUUCGCCUCGCCCGCAGACGAAGAUGUCAGUUUUCGGAUUCGGGGGCUGCUGGCGCAAGUUCACGUCUCGAGAAGGGCUGGCUGGCAGCAGUUCCUUGCGAAGCGGCAGGCUUGGCCACGGCGCACCUGGGAGCUUCGCCAGGGGGAGGCUCUGCCACAGGGGCAAGUGCCACCACUGCUGAACCCUGUGCGACCCCGAGUGGGGUUGAGGGUGCCGCGAAGCUGCUGGGAUGGCCAGUGGUUUCCCCAAGACUGCUGCUUCUUCCAGCCCAUGGACGUGGCGCUGUCCAUCUGCUUCAGCAACGCUACUGACCUCUUCAUGGCUUGUUGCCCAUGGGAGACGGUGGAGGAGAUGCAGGCCUCCCUGGUCUCCUGCGAGUUCUCUCCCCUCCGCGGCGCCUGGCGCACGGUGCAGGCAGCUUUCGACGAGUGUGUCGGGAAAGAGGACGAGCUCGACUGCAUGCAGACCAACGUGGCGCCGCGCUUUCCCACGCUGCCUUCAGACCCCUUCUGUAGCAUGGGCGUCGCAUUACGUGGGCUCUUCCUCUCCUCGCACAAGCCCUUCGAGCCCUAUGAUGAUUCGAAUGCCAUUCUGCCUGAUGCCGGCGUGCAAGGCUUUGAUGAAUGCAUGCUCCAUGGCGCAGAUCAGGCGGAAUGCUGCCUUCGAGUUCGUCACUGCAAAUGCACCGCGCAUCCAGCGGACGCCAGAGGUUGCAACUUAGGCGUUUCCAUCGAGUGCGCCACCUGCCUGAUUCUGAUUCCCACGCUGAUCCUGAAGGACUCUGGCUGGCGUGGGAUGUUUGCUUACACGCUGCGCUACCUGCAGCAGCUCAGCAUCGACCGGCUGGGCCUUGUCCUGCCCCGACUGCCUGCGGACUUGCUUUGGCGGGCCACCGCUGGCCGGGCUGGCGAGAGACACGCUGCGUUGAUCAGCAUGGGAAAUCGUUCCGGAGCUUUGGGCUGGCGUUUGGUGCAAGCCGCUGUGGAGGACUUCUUCACACAGUCUGCGCCCUAUCUCACUGUGGCAGACCUCUGGGCAUCCGCCGUGGAGACAGGGGUGCUCACCGUCCUGGCCGACUUCCUUGGCGAUCGCCGGGUCACCGUGGCAGGGCAGCGGAUCCCUUUGGCAAGGCUCUACGCCAUUGACGACCUCAUCCCAACGGACCUCAGAUAUGUCAUCCCGAAGCAGUUCCGUCUGACCUACAGUAGUCGGGAGAAGUUCAUGAAAGGGCUCAAAGGGCCCUACCGGAAGGAGCGCGAAAGCGGCGGACUUCUGGAGGCUGCAUGGCUCCAGGCUCUUCGCGCCUGGCCCCAUCGCUGUUGCCCUCCAGAUGCCGUCGGUGCUUUGACGAUUCUGCAUCCACCACCGGCAGGGGGGUCAAAAUGGCCUGUGUUGCUGCUGGCCAUGUGCGUGGCAUGCGAGUCCAACAACCUGCAGCUCUUGUUGCAGGUGCAGCGCAGCCUCAGCUGCUUGGGACGAACGUGUGCCGUGAUGCCGAAAGGUCAGAUCGAUGAGCUGCAUGCAGAUCAGCUCUGGCGAGAUCCCGCAGCUCGGAGGUGGCUGCCAUUUCUGCAGCUGACUCUGCAACGCUUCGUAGGGCCGAUCGUGCCAAAAUGGAAGGCCAAAGAUCAGCGAGUGUUGAGCACGGCGGAGACCAUGAGCUUUCUGAAGGCCGGUGGCUCCACCGCUCGCUUCGGAGAUGGCGAGUACUGGGCGAUGGACCGCGGCUUCAUCGCCCCAAUGCAGCGGAACCGAUUGCUCAUGGAGUCCUUGACCUAUGUGGCAAGGCUGGGAUCGACUGGCUGCCCUCAGUUCAAGGUUGCCAUGGUGGACGUUCUCGGCUCCAGCGGUUUCCCCGACAGCACGCACUUCGAGUGGUGGAAGACGACUCCCUGGUUCCGGGAAGUGCCCUUCCGUUUCUUUCCUCCCGGCCUCUACGGAAACAUGUGGGUCAACUACAAGCCACCAGACGAAAGCCGGCAGCCGGACUUCAUUCAAGGCUGGGAGCAGGUCUUCAACAACAAGUCCGUGCUGCUGAUUGGGCAUCCCUUUGCUCAGCUGGCAACAGAGGGUCAUGCUUCGGGAGUCAUGUUCUCUGCGAAGUCGCCGGAUGCAACAUUCCCGGUCCGCGCUGCGCAGGUGUCCUACGAGAUGAUGCGUGAGGUGGCGACCCGGCGCCUCUCUCCCUUCAGCAGUGCACGAAGCGUUCGGCUCUUGCGCCGCAACAGCCUCACGCUGGGCUCCACGGUGCGCUGGCUGCAUGUGCUGGAAAGUAUUCGAGCGAUCGUGGAUGAAUCCGACGUUGAUGUCGUCGCCGUGUCCUGGGGCCCGCAGGGGAAGGCACUGGUUGCCGACAUCGCCUGCCGGGGAGUGCAGGCGCUGGAUGUGGGCCGCCUGCUCUUUGAGCUGCAUGGCCACCUAGGCAUGAGCAUGGUGGAAGAGCUAUCGCGACGUGGAAAGAUGCUGCACCACAGGGCGGCAGCGGACGAUGCUGCAGGUCAGGGCCUAAGCUCGGUAGAACAGGUGAUGUAG